AUGCAGGUAAUUGAUGCUAUCGCAGGCCUAUCUCGAUGCCAAUUGUGCAGCUCGGCGGAUGAUCGUCCCCCACCUGACGCCGGCCCCGCCGUCCACCUUGCUCCGCACCCCACUCAAGCACCUUUGUUUAUUGACCGUCUCGAUCUUAUCAUCUUUCCCCAGCUUUUUGAAACUCACAAGAACUGGCAAAAAAUGAAGAAUCCCAUCUCGUCAGCGCUCGCUCAGGAAUUGGCGUCCCAGCUGGAUGCCAGCACCCAGCUCGUGACCCCGGAUUCCCCCGACUAUGAGGCCUCCAUUGCACGGUGGUCCGACACGGCCAUAAAACGUGCGGGCGCCGUGGCAUUGCCGCAGACCGCCGAAGAGGUUUCGAAACUCGUGAGUUUUGCCUCCAAACACCAGCUGGAAAUCGCAGUGAAAGGAGGCGGGCAUUCGACCGGCGGCACCAGCGCGUCUGAGGGAGGUCUCGUCAUCGAUCUCGCCAAGAUGCGUCAAGUGACCGUGGAUCCGGAGAAGAAGAUUAUCGUCGCGCAGGGAGGCGCCCUAUGGGGAGAUGUGGACGAUGCUGCCGCUCAACAUGGACUCGCCACUGUAGGCGGGACCGUCAGUCACACGGGAAUCGGCGGUCUUACGCUGGGCGGCGGUUUCGGCUGGCUCAGCGGGCUGUACGGGUCGGUCAUUGAUAAUCUCGUCGGAGCGAAAGUCGUCGUUGCCGACGGACGGAUCCUCGACGCGUCCAACAGCGAGAAUCAGGACCUGUUCUGGGCCAUCCGUGGGGCGGGACACAACUUUGGCGUGACGGUGGAAUUCAGGUAUCAGGCUUACGAGCAAUCGCGUCCCGUCUAUGGCGGCACGCUGGUGUUCACCCCAGAUAAAUUGAACUCGAUCAUCGAGACGCUCAACGAGAGACACCGGAAUCCGGACCCAAGAGGCGCCUUCCACUGUGUGUUUGCCAAAUCGCCGGGUGCGCCUGGCCCCGUCGUUAUCGUGGUUCUAUUUUUCAACGGAGACGAGGAUGCCGCCAAAAAGUACUAUGCUUCCGUGCUCGACUUGGGGCCGGUGGCGGCCAACUUGGCAUCCAUGCCAUAUCCUCAGAUGAACCGGCUGCUGAACGACAUGGCCCACCCCGGCGGCCGCAAGGCGUUGAAGGGAGCAACCUUCUCGCCUCCGAUCCGAACGGAAUUCGCGCAGUGGCUGUGGGAAGAAUUUACGACUAAGAUCAGCCAGGAGCCUGAUCUGGAGAAGACAUUCCUCUCCAUCGAGUUCUACGACAUGACCAAAGCCGCUGCAGUCCCCGUGGAGGCGACAGCAUUCCCAACGCGAGGCAUUUACCAGGCCGGUAUCCUGGGACUGUCGUGGACCGAUCCGACCAAGGACGAACAGUUCCGGGCUUGGGGGCGCCAUCUGCAGGCCAAAUGCAGAGAAGAAAUCAGACAGACGGUCGUGCAGCCCAAGUCUGGAGCGAUCUUGGAAUACGCCAAUUACAGCGAACGUAAGAUUUACAGAGAACCUUCGUCUCGACGCGACGGAAUUCCUGCUAACACUGAAACAGCCGGCGACUUGACCUACACAGCACCAUUCGGCACGAAUCAGAAGCGACUGACGCAGCUGAAAGCCAAGUUCGAUCCGCAGUGCCUCUUCCACAAGACCAACCCGAUCACACCGGAAGUGGCGUGA